GGCAUAUAACAGGCACAAGAAUCGUCGUUUCUCCGUUCGAAUUGCUCCUUCAGAUUUUAUUUCAUCUCUUUUAGACACUCAUCACACGCACACUCUAUUAGGCUAAAAUCUUUCCAGUAGUAUCGAAAUCAAGAGCAAAUAGAAAUGCCUUUGUUCCUCUCCGACGAGGAGUUGGAGCGAUGUAGGCACGACGCCUCUAUGGUGUCGGAGAAGGCGGACGCCUUCAUCCGAGAGCUCUACAACCAACUCGACACCGUCAAAGCCCAGGCUGACGCCGCCGCGAUCACCGCCGAGCAGACCUGCUCUCUCCUCGAGCAGAAAUACGUUUCUCUCUCCUCCGACUUCAACAAUCUCGAAUCCCAAAACUUGCAACUCAACUCUGCUCUCGAACAACGUCUAUCUGAACUCGCCCAAGUCCAAGCCGACAAGCAUCAAAUCCAACUCAAAUCCAUUGGUAAAGAUGGAGAGAUCGAGCGGUUGUCCAUGGAAGCUUCUGAAUUUCACAAAUCCAAGAGGCAGUUGAUUGAAUUGUUGGAACAGAAGGAUUUAGACAUUAGUGAGAAAAAUGCCACUAUGAAGAGCUAUCUUGAUAAAAUCGUGAACUUGACCGACAAUGCUGCUUUGAGGGCAGCUCAACUGAGUGAUGUUGAGGCAGAGUUGGCACGCUCUCAUGCUUCCAGUUCUCGAUUGUCCCAGGAGAAGGAACUUAUUGAGAGGCAUAAUGCUUGGCUUAAUGACGAGUUGACAGCCAAAGUAAACAGUUACAUGGAGCUGCAUAAAAAACAUACUGAACUGGAGGCAGAUAUGUCCGCUAAGCUAGCAGAUGUUGAGAGAAAAUUAAAUGAAAGUUCGAGCUCUUUAAAGUGGAAUAAAGAGAGAGCGGCAGAGCUAGAAAUGAAGCUAACAUCUCUGCAGGAGGAGUUAUGUUCAUCUAAAGAUGAUGCUGCAGCCAAUGAGCAACGGUUUUCUGCUGAGAUAUCAACGGUAACUAAGCUUGUUGAACUAUAUAAGGAGAGUUCUGAAGAAUGGUCCAAAAAGUCGGGAGAACUAGAGGGUGUCAUCAAGGCUCUGGAAACUCAUUUAAGCCAAGUUGAGAACGAUUAUAAGGAGAGGCUCGAAAAGGAAGUAUCUGCAAGAAAGGAAUUUGAAAAGGAGGCCACAUAUUUGAAAGAGAAACUUGACAAGUGUGAAGCUGAGGUUGAAGCUGGCAGGAAGACAAAUGAGUUGCAUCUUCUUCCUCUGAGCAGUUUUACGACAGAAACAUGGUUGGACUCAGUUGACCGUAAUGAUAUGGGCGAGGAUAAUCGCAUGCUUGUCCCCAAUAUCCCAUUAGGCAUUUCUGGAACAGCAUUAGCAGCUUCACUUCUUCGGGAUGGAUGGAGUCUAGCUAAGAUGUACGCCAAGUACCAGGAGACUGUAGAUGCACUACGACAUGAGCAAUUGGGAAGAAAACAAUCCCAGGCGAUAUUAGAGCGGGUCUUAUAUGAGAUAGAGGAGAAAGCUGGAGUCAUUUUGGAUGAGCGAGCGGAACAUGAGAGAUUGGUUGAAGCAUACUCUCUUGUCAACCAAAAGCUGCAGCAUUCUCUUUCUGAACAGGCUACUUUGGAGAGAACAAUACAGGACUUAAAGGUUGACUUGAAGAGGCAUGAACGUGAAUACACUGUAGCACAGAAAGAGAUUAUUGAUCUCCAGAAGCAGGUGACAGUACUGCUGAAGGAAUGCCGUGAUAUACAACUUCGUUGUGGAUCUGUGGGUCAGGGUUAUGCUGAUGACGUUACAGCCGUUCUUGCUGUUGAGAUAAAUACUGAUUCUGAUGCUGAAAAAGUAAUUUCUGAUUUGACUUUUAAGGAUAUAAAUGGGUUAGUUGAGCAGAAUGCCCAGCUCCGAAGUCUUGUGCGCUGCCUUUCUGACCAGAUAGAGAACAGGGAAUCGGAGUUGAAGGAAAAGUUUGAGACGGAGAUACAGAAACAUACUGAUGAGGCUGCUUGUAAAGUUAAUGCAAUAUUAGCGAGAGCAGAAGAGCAAGCACGGAUGAUUGAAUCUCUUCACACCUCUGUUGCAAUGUACAAAAGGCUGUAUGAAGAGGAACACAAACUUCACAUGCUUCAUCCUCGUUCUGCUGAAGCAGCUCCAGAAGAUGGAAGGAAAGACUUCUUGCUUCUACUCGAAGGUUCUCAGGAAGCUACAAAAAAUUCCCAAGAAAAGUCUCAGGAGCGUAUGAGAUGUCUUGAAGAGGAUUUGUCCAAGAAAAGGAGCGAGAUAAUAUCACUGAGAUCAGAGCGGGACAAAUUAUCUAUUGAGGCAAAUUUCGCAAAUGAGAAACUUGAAAGAUUUAUGAAAGAAUUUGAACAUCAGAGAGAGGAAACCAAUGGUGUUAUAGCCAGAAAUGUCGAGUUCUCGCAGUUAAUCGUGGAUUACCAACGAAAGCUGCGUGAAGGUUCCGAUUCCAUGCAUCGUGCUGAGGAGCUUUCAAGAAAGUUAACUAUGGAGGUGUCUGUUUUGAAGCAUGAAAAAGAAAUGUUGUCAAAUUCUGAAAAGAGAGCUUUUGAUGAAGUCCGUAGUUUGUCGGAGAGGGUUCAUCGUUUGCAGGCUAGUUUGGACACCAUUCAGAGUGCUGAGGAAGUUCGUGAGGAGGCCAGAGGUGCAGAGAAGAGAAAGCAAGAGGAGUAUAUUAAACAGAUUGAGAGAGAAUGGGUUGAGGCUAAGAAAGAGCUUCAAGAACAGCGUGAUAACGUUCGAAGUCUCUCACUUGACCGGGAAAAUACUAUGAAAAAUGCCAUGAGACAAGUUGAAGAAAUGGGAAAAGAGUUAGCUAAUGCAUUGCAUUCAUUUGCUGCUGCUGAGUCUAGGGCUGCUGUUGCUGAGGCCCGAUUUUCUGAUCUGGAGAAAAAGAUUAAAUCUUCGGAAAUUAAGAUCUCAAAUAAUGAUGGUGAAUGUGGUACUUCGUCUUUCCCAACUAAUAAGGCUAUUGCAGAGUUGCAGACUACAAAGGAAGAAAUUGAAAAAUUGAGAGAGGACAUACAAGUUAACAAGGAUCACAUGCAACAGUAUAAGAGCAUAGCAGAGGUGAAUGAAGCUGCACUGAAACAGAUGGAGCUUGCUCAUGAAAACUUUAAAAUGGAGGCGGAUAAGCUGAAGAAAUCGCUUGAAGCAGAAAUUGUAUCACUUCGAAACCAUGUUAAUGAACUUGAAAGCGACUGUAUUUUAAAGUCCAAAGAAGCAGUAUCUGCUGCCGCUGGUAAAGAAGAAGCCGUUGCUUCUGCUUUAUCUGAAAUUUCCAGUCUAAAGGAAGAAAGUUCUGUUAAGACAUCCCAAAUUGCGGCAAUGGAAAUUCAAUUUUCUUCUUUGAAAGAAGAUUUGGAGAUGGAGCAUCGGAAGUGGCGUGCUUCUCAAUCCAACUAUGAAAGACAGGUUAUACUACAGUCAGAGACAAUUCAAGAGUUGACAAAAACUUCGCAAGCUUUGGCUUCUUUGCAGGAGGAAGCAUCUGAGUUACGUAAAUUGGUUGACAUGCUCAAAACUGAAAAUAAUGAAUUGAAGGUAAAGUUGGAAGUAGAGAAGUCAGUUCUAGAAAAAUCAAAGAAUGAAGCAGUGAAGAAAUGCGACGAAAUUGAUGAACAGAACAAGAUACUGCACAGUCGGCUUGAGGCUUUGCACAUCAAAUUGGCUGAGAAGGAGCGGGAUUCCGCCGGAAUCUCAUCUAGAAGCACUACUCAAAAUGCAGUUGAUGAUGCGGGGUUGCAAGAUGUGGUAAAUUAUCUGCGCAGGUCAAAGGAAAUUGCAGAAACAGAAAUUUCAUUGUUAAAACAGGAAAAGCUCCGGUUGCAAUCACAGUUUGAAAGUGCUCUAAAAACAGCGGAGACAGCCCAAGCAUCACUUAUUGAUGUGCAAGUUAAUUCAAGAGCAUUGCUAUACACAGAGGAAGAGUUCAAAUCUCUACAACUUCAGGUCACAGAGAUGAAUCUGCUUCGUGAAAGUAAUAUGCAACUCAGAGAGGAAAACAAGCACAAUUUUGAGGAGCAGCAGAAAUUACGUGAAAUAGCCCAAAAAACCAGGAUCGAAACCGAGAAUCUGGAGAGACUGCUGAGGGAGAGAGACACUGAGGUGGAAGCUUAUAAGAAAGAUAUUGAAAUGCAAAAAAUGGAGAAAGAUCACCUGGGAAAGAGGGUUGUUGAGUUGGUCGAGAAGUGCAAGAAUAUCGAUGUGGAAGAAUAUGAACGCCUGAGAGAAGAUGUCCAACGAAUGCAGGUAAAUCUGAGGCAGAAGGAUGCCCAGCUUGAGGAAGUGAAUAUACUUAUGUCUGAGAAGCAAGAAGUAAUAUCACAGUUGGAACAAGAUCUUGCAAAGAGCCGAAUUGAGCUGAUUGAAAGGGAGAACAGGAUAAAUGAAAUUUUGCAAGUUGAGGCUUCUCUGAAAUCAGAGCUCGAGAAGCAAAAGAAAUUUGUAGCUCAGUUGAAGAAGAAGUGUGAGAACUUGUCAAAGGAGAAAGAGAACUUGUCAAAGGAGAAAGAAGAGCUCAGCAGGGAAAAUCACGGUCUUUCCAAACAAUUAGAGGAAUCAAGACAAGGAAAGAGAGGCAUGGGAGAUACUGUUGUUGAACAGGCCAUGAAGGAAAAGGAGAAGGAGAAAGACACCAGAAUUCAGAUUCUGGAGAAAACCUUGGAAAGGCAUAGGGAAGAGUUGAAGAAAGAGAAGGAUGAAGUUAAGAUGUUGAGAGUAAGGCGUCAGAAGACUGAGAAGGCAAUUGUGGAUUCUAUUGGGAAUGUUAAUCAGGAAAAAACGAAGCUGGCAGAUGAGGUCGAGAAGCAUAAGCAGGCUCUGAAGAGGCUUUCAGAUGAAGUAGAGAGGCUGAAGCAUGCCAAAAGCAACCUUCCGGAGUUUGAUUUUUCUCAGGGUACAUCAGUGGUUCAACUCCUUUCUGGGACUCAGUUGGAUGACCUUGCUGGUGCUUAUAUUCAGGCCGUGGAAAAUUUUGAGCGCAUUGCACAAUCAGUUUCCAGUGAGCUUGGAGCUUCCACCUGUACUGACACUUCCUCAACUGUGGAUGCUCCAUCUUUGGGAACAAAAACAGGCCAGGAAGUUUCUCCUCUUGCCCCAAGUAUCUUACCCUCAGCAGCUCCCCCGUCAACUUUUCCAUUGGUUAAAGCAACAGAAGGAAGAGAGAAGAAAUUUAUUUUACCAAAAUCAAGUGUUGAAACCCGUAAAACUGGGAGGAAGUUGGUUCGGCCUCGUAUUGUGAAGCCUGAGGAACCCCAGGGGGAUACAGAGAUGUCAGAAAUUGAAGGAUCCAAUAAUAUGGGGAAGCCCAUUCCUUCCCUUAACCUAGAAACUCAAGGCAAUAUAACGCUCUUGACCCAGCCAUCUGUUCGCAAGCGUUUGGCUUCUUCAUCCACUUCUGAGUUACAAGAAGAGUCCCUCAUUCAACGAGGUACCAGCUCUGAUGUGGGACUGCCUGUGCUCAAGAAGGCCAAAGGCCCAGAUUCACCACAAGAUAGUGUGGAAGUACAACCUGAUGCUAUCAUGGAAACUACAGAAACUCUACAUGUCACAGAAGAAUCCGUAGAUGCUGUUGGUGAUUUGCCCCAAGAUUCCAAUGACGAAGGCAUUGACGCCGAAAAGGAUGAGGUUGAGGCUACCGGAGAGCAGCUUGAUGAGGAGCCAAGCCAAGUUGUGUUGCAGAAUGAUAGAAGUGAUGUUUUAGAAGAGAAUUUGGAUAAGCCAAGUGAAGCAGAGGUGUUGUUUGAUGAUGGGUCAAAGGUUCAGGCCGACCAGGACAUCAAAAUGUCAAUGGUGGAGUCAGGAAGUGAGCGUGAAGAAGGAGAGCUUCUACCUGAUAACACGGGUCUUGAGGUCGGUGGUAAUAUAUCUAAUAUAGUGGAGAGCCCAGAAAAUGGGGGAGGUGAAUCUGAGCUUGCAGCCGCUCCGGUGAGUUCACCAGGAGUCGAUGAUGAGGCUCUGGUAGUAGCAACAUUAGAGUUUGGGGAAGGUAGUUCUUCCCAAGUACUGAAUGAUGAGAGGACUGAUGAAGGUGAUGCAGAGGUGAAUGUUGAGACUUCAGAGAAGUCGAAUGAUGGUAAUGACCAGGUUGUGGUGGAAUCUGAUCAAAUCCCUGAAGCUGCUUUGGAAGUUGGUGAGGUAACACCUACAGUUCCUGCUGUAGAAGUGGAUGUCCCAAAACAAGCUAGCCCGAGUGUCACGGCAGACACAGAGGAGGUCAGGCAGGUGUCACCUGUUAGUAGGAGGUCAACAACCAUUAAUUUGCAGGAGAGAGCAAAGCAAAGGUCUCUUCUUAGACAGGCUGGAGUGGUUUCUUCGUCUGCUUCUGCUUCUGCUUCUGCUUCUCCUUCUCUAGGUAGAGGACGUGGAAGAACAGUUCGUGGGCGCAGUGGGCGUGGCGGGCGUGGUGGGCGUGGACAAUCAUCUGGUGAUCAAGGUUAAGCUUUGGCAAUUGGUACACAGGAUUAAUUGCAGUCUUCUUCUCCUCCCUAAUCUCUUCAAAAUUCUAAUGCCUUGUACUAUGUUUUUCCUGUGUGCGUGGAUUGUGUUUGUGAGAAAGAUGACACAAAAGUUACUUGUACAGAAAGUAGACACACUAGAAAGAUUUUGACCACAGAUGCCAUGGGAGGUGGUGCAUUUUUAGUUUUCUUUCAAGAUGAGAUAAAAAUUCAAUACUGUUUAUUUUUAGAUUGAGGAAGGGGUGUGGGACUCUGGCAUUUUAUAAUAUGAAACGAUCUUUCAGCUUUCCUCUUA